CAUGGUAAUUUGGAUAUGGCAGUGACCGAUUCGAUGAGUGUGAAGGCCGUUCGCCGUUCUGACUCGACAUUUGUUGUUGAGCUGUAUGUGAAGGUCGUUUCUGCGUUGGGGUUGUUUUUACGUGGGUCUUUCGAGCACACCUCAAUAAACAUGUCUUUGACAACACUGGCCAGCGUGUCCAGGACCUUAGCGAAAUCUUUUGGAAUCCAGAGAUGUGCCACAUUAGUAUCUUCUGGAUUCCAUUCAACAUCAAGGGUUGAUGGCAGACCCAAAUCCCCAUUCCCUGAUCCCAAAAAGGACAUGAUCAACAACACAAAAAUCAGAGGAAUUGAUAUUCUGAGAGAUGCAAAAUUGAACAAGGGUCAAGCAUUCACUCUGAAAGAAAGACAGUUGAUGGGAAUCCAUGGCCUUCUUCCACCUGUUAUCAUUGAUCAAGAUACACAGCUGGCUCGCGUGAUGUCCAACUUUAAUAAGCGCAACACUGACAUUGAUAAGUACAUCUACCUGAUGGCUCUCUACGACAGGAACGAGCGUCUCUUUUAUCGUGCGCUUUGUGAGUACACAGAGCUAAUGAUGCCCAUUGUCUACACACCAACUGUUGGCAAGGUUUGCCAAGAAUAUGGGCUGCUGUACAGAAAGCCAAGAGGUCUAUUUUUGUCCAUUAAUGACAAAGGACAUCUGUAUCAAAUGGUGUGCAAUUGGCCAGAAAACGAUGUGAAGGCUGUAGUGGUGACGGAUGGGGAGAGGAUUCUAGGCCUGGGUGACCUUGGAGUGAAUGGCAUGGGUAUCCCCAUUGGCAAGCUGUCCCUGUACACAGCUCUAGGAGGUAUCCCACCACAUGAGUGUCUCCCGGUCGUGCUGGAUGUAGGCACCAACAACAAGACAUUGUUGAACGACCCUCUCUACAUUGGCAAACGGACUCCGAGAGUGACUGGACCAGUUUAUGAUGAAUUCAUUGAGGAAUUCGUAGAGGCAAUUGUCAAAAGAUAUGGGCAGUCAACUCUGAUCCAGUUUGAGGACUUUGGCAACAGCAACGCCUUCAAAAUACUGGAGAAGUACAGACAAAGGUACUGCUGCUUCAACGACGACAUUCAAGGUACAGCCUCAGUGGCAGCUGCUGGUAUCUUUGCAUCUCUGCGUAUCACGAAAAAGAAACUCUCUGAAAAUGUGUUUGUCAUGCAGGGCGCCGGUGAGGCCAAUAUCGGUAUUGCUAACCUGCUGGCCCUAGCCAUGACAGAGGAGGGGACGCCCCUGCAGGAGGCCAGAGACAAGAUCUGGAUGGUGGACUCCAAGGGUCUCAUUGUGCAUGGGCGACCCUCGGGCGGCAUCAGCGGACACAAGAAGGACUUUGCCAAGAAGCACAGACCCAUCGAUACGCUGGAAGAGGUAGUGAAGGUGGUCAAACCGACAGCAAUUAUUGGGGCGGCUGCGGUGCCCCAUGCGUUCACGGAGACGAUCCUUCGAGACAUGGCAGCCUUCAAUGAGCGACCAAUCAUCUUUGCCCUCUCCAAUCCCACUAGCAUGGCUGAGUGUACUGCAGAAGAAGCAUACAAUUUUACUGAGGGUCGCUGUGUGUUUGCCAGUGGGAGCCCAUUUGACCCUGUGGUCUACAAGGGCCAGACAUUCUACCCUGGGCAGGGCAACAACGCCUACAUCUUCCCAGGGGUGGCACUGGGCAUCAUCGCAUUUAGGGUCCGACACAUCCAUGAGUCUAUCUUCCUGAGGGCCGCACAGACAUGUGCUGGCUUGGUGACAGAUGACCACCUGGCGCAGGGCCGUGUGUACCCGCCACUCUCUGAGAUCCAGAACGUCAGCCUGUGCAUCGCGACCGAGCUGGGCAACAACGUUUACAAGGAAGGCCUCGCGAUGCAGUACCCGGAGCCGAAGGACAAGCAGGCACACAUCAAGAGCUUGAUGUACUCCACGGCGUAUGAGAACUUUGAGCCUGACACCUGGGACUGGCCCGCCAAGUAGAGGAAAAGCCUUACAAAUAGAGGGCAGGUAGUUUGUAUUGACAUACAGAAUUAUUAUGUUCAGUGAAGCCCGUUUUGUUUUCGUUUUUUUUUGUAACAUCUGGGACUGGCUUUCCAAAUAGUGUGAAUUUUUUUUUAAAUAGAUAUUCAUUCUGUUUAAGAAGACUCAAUUGUUGUUGACAUGUUUUUAUCAAUUUUUUAAUGUAUGUGCUGUUUCAUUUUGUCAUUUUGAAAAUACAGAAUAAUUAUGUUCACUAUAGCCUUUAUUGUUUGUGUUUUUUUAUUAUUAUAUCAGGCUUAUUUUUCAAAUGUAUGUGUUGUUUCUUUUGGUCUUGACAUCAUGUCAAAGAAGAGGACUCCUUGCCUUUAAGCUUUAGGCAUUGAUGGUUUUGACAAUUUGUAAUAAUGUUUUUUCUCUGAAAUGUUGAGAUUGUUUUUUUGUUUUGUUUUUGGAGACUCAUUUUUGAUGUUUUGGCCUUGAUAUAAUUGUAUGGUGAUAUGUUUUCAGACUUUGUAUUUGUCAGAUCAGUUUUUAAAAAAAUACAUAGUUUUAGAAAUGGUUUAAUUGAUUGAAUUGUAUAUUUUCUUAAAAGUUUACAUUUUUGUUAGUGGAUCCAUUUUAUGAAGUGCUUACAAAAUGUUGUUGUUUGCAAAGUAAUACAUGUAAGAAUGCUAUAAAAUGUUUUCAAGUUAAGAGUAGGCAUUUCAGCAAUCAAAACAUUUUUAAAUUGCAUCCCCUUCCAAGGUUUUAGUCAGCUAAACCACUAUUGAUAUGUUUUCUCUUUUCUUUUGAAAACAUUAAAUUUCUCAUACUCUGUCACAAGCUUUGCUGUGAAUAAUUUGGGUUUUUUUGUCAUGCGAUGUUUGAACAGCAAAUACAUCAGUUGAAAAAAAAAGUGAACAACUGCCUUUAAGUUAAUUAGAAUUAUCUUAGAGAUGUUCUGACUUGUAUUAUUGUAAUCAUUAUAAAAUAUUUAACCUUGUAGUUGUUAUUUUAUUCCUGUGACAAUUAUUAAUUAUCUGUUUAAUCAAUAAGUGUAGCAUUCCCGGAUGAUAUUUUUGAUUUUAUUAUCAAAAUCAAUCAUGAACAAAUAUUAGUGUUAAUGUUUUAUAAUUGCCUACAUGAAAUUUUGCAUGCAUCCGAUUCUUCAAUCCAAGAUACAUAUAAUGUCUGUGCACGUUAUCAAAAAUAUGAAACAUUUCCUAUUUCUAUUUUAUUUUACUUGCGCUUAAGUUAAACUGAUAUUUUGAGUUUCACAGAGCAUUUGAAAGGUCUUUUAAACAAAAAAUAAAUUGUGACUGUUAAUUUGUGAAGUCAUACAUGUGGCUUAUGUUAACUUUUGUGUCUUUGAAACUCAAUUCUAUUAAAUAAUGUCUGCAUAACAUUCUUGAACUCGAUGCCCUGUGUUGUUUACAAUUUAAUAAUAAUCUUAACGUCUUCUAUAAAACUUGCCCAUUAACUCGUUUAAGACAAUAAAUAUAUUAUGUUAAUACAAUUAAUGGUAUUCUAGUUGGUCUUUCCUUGAAUAAUGUGUUACCCAUCAAAACUUUUUGACAUUUUUAAAUAAUUUGGCAUGUUUAAAAAUUGAUUAUCAUAUAAUAAAUCCAUGUUUUUUAAUACCGUAUAAUAAAUGCAUUUAAGGUGCUGUUUAUGCACUGAUGAUAAAAACCUUCUGAUAAAACUUAGCAUUUAUUAAAUAUCUUCCUUUAGUAAAAAAGUCUUUCAUGUGCAUUUUAAUUAGUUUGUGUUCAAUGUUUUCAUUAAUUUGUGUUCAAUGUUUUCAUCUAUAGAACAACCCUCAAAGGUUGAGGACAAUGUCAUCCUUUGAAUGGUAGAAGAGCCAAUCAGCUUUUGUUUCACAGUAUAUGAAAUAUUGACCUUGACUGAACAUUAUGUUUCAAAAUAUAAAAUGUCUUAAUCCGAAACUGUUAACAAAAAAUGUUAUGUUUAGGAAUGACAAUGGUCAUUAUAUUGUAAUCUUUGAUUUUCUAUGUAGUAUUGAGACUAAGAUUGCUCUUAACAGUGUGUAGUGGUACAUUGCUUAAAAUGGACAAUAUUAGCCUUGUAUUUGGCAAACUGGGCUUAAUGCAUGUGCAAAAAAUGUCCCAGAAAAGCAUGUGCAGUGAACAUUGUCAGGGACAACACUUUUGGCCUAAACCUGAUUUUCGUUUAGAAGAGACUUCUAUAAAGGAAAAAAUCUAUUAAAGCUGUGUCAUACCUGACUAGCCUCUAAUCUAGGAGAACACUGCACAUAUUCAUUAAGCCCUAUCUUCCCAAACUGAGGUUCAGCUUGCUAUGAGGGUUGCCCUAGCUGUUCAUUUUGUACUAAUGUUCUCCGUGUAUCUCUUGUAGUGUAGAAUUGCUUUGUCCCAAAACAGUAUAAGUGGUACUGGUGCUUUCUCAAGGGUGGAAGUUAUUUCUUGUUGUUUUAUACUCAUAGCAUCAUAUAAUGAAGAAUAUAAAAGUUACGGGUCUUUUAUAUGGGGCACCUUAGAUGCAAACAGGGUUGGGAGUGCAUGAGAAGCAUAGAUCUUUUCACUGUUAAUAUGCUUAACAUUAUAUCUUAGGCAGUAACGUUGUUUGAUGUGUAAUAAAUAUUGGAUAAUUGCUCGGGUACAAAAUCCGUUUUUUUUUUGCAUUUCAGCUCAUUUAUUUCUGGUUUUUAAGGAAAAAAAUGCACAAAAAAUGUCCUUGCAUUUUUGAGUUUUACAAGAGAUUGCUUUCUUUCUUAAUGGGUGAACUGUUUUAAAGCGGCUUUUGAAAACCUAAAUCACAAAAAGGUGUUUAUAUAAACAUUGUGUAUGGGAACGAAAGCUAUGGUUAGUGACUUUAAAAUACUGUUUAAAUGUUUCUUAUUUUUGUAAAAAACAAAAAUCCAAACAUGUAGCAAUUAUGUUAAAAUGCAAUACCCUUAUACAAAAACACUCAUGGUAAUAAAAUCAGUAAAUUAAAAAAUUCGUGCUUCUACAUCAAGUAUUGAAUAACAGUUGGAAGUAAAGAUUUUAUUAUUACGGUAAAUACGGUACUGAUGUAAUUUCACUUUUUAAAAAAUGUUUUAGCCAGUUUACCCGAAGACAUGAUUAAGUGCAUGUUAGAAUGCCUGUCCUAUAUUUGUUCCUGCUGUACAUUGGGUUAAGAGAGUUGAUUAUUUGCAAUGAUUCCUGUAUUUAGUGAAAAUUAAAAACAGAAUCUAUUUAAAACAAACCUAUGAGAAUUAAUUUCAACUAUUCCUUAAUAAGUGGACUGUUAACUUUAUUACUUGUGGUCGAAGUAUUUUGUUUCAUUAAUUGGAGUUCUUUGUAAAAAAAUAAGAUAUUUUGUAACUGAUUCAAUAUUCUUAUCUACUAGUAUAUUUUGUAUUGCAUAUCCCUUUGCAUGCUGGGAAAUUUGUUGUCUGCUAAAAUGUCAUCUGCUGAAUUUCUAAAAUUAGCAUUUUCUUCAAUUUUUUUCAAAGAAUACUAUCAGAAUAGCAAACAGUUUGGAUCCUGAUGAGACGCCACGUUUUGUGGCGUCUCAUCUGGAUCCAAACUGUUUGCAAAGGCUUUUAAAAUUCGGUUCCAGCACUCAAAGAGAUAUAAUCCUUACACUUGUACUGUGCUUCUAUGAUGCACACUGUACAGCCAUUUUAAUCGUCUGCUUUUGCUAUUUUGCACUUGAUGAAGUGGUCAAUAUUCAUGCACAGUAUGUGUCAAAAAACUUUUUUGUAAAUUUAUUAUGUUUAUUUAGAAUAAAAAUUGAUCUUGUACUUGAAUCUCUAUCUUCAUCAGAGCAUUUGAUCACAAACGAUACUAUUCAUGAUUACCGAGAUUUUUACCACUUUUAGCACUGUUCACAAGUUUAUUUAUUACACAGAGAAUUGUUCACACAUUAUGUUUAGUCUGUGUCUAUGCUGGAAAUUCUGUCAUACAACACAUUUAAGUAAUAAAUCCUUAAUAAUCAAAUUUGUAUCAAGUUUAAUGUUCUUAAAUAUUAAAAAGUCAAUAGCUUGCUGUUUUUUUUCAUGGUCUUGAUAGCAUUGUGUGAUUUAUUUGAUAGCUUUUACAAUGUGUGUAUGUGUUGUUGGUUUUUUGUAUUGCCUUUGGCUUCUCAGCAUGGUAUAACACACGGUUGUCUGAAAGUAUUUUGUAUAUUUGGUGUCAAAAUAAAAAAUUCUACAGAA